AUGGAUAUCACAUAUCAGUUUACUAAAAAGCGAGGUAACUUCGGACGUCAGCCUUUAUUUUGUGACCAGGGUCCCCAAAUAUGUGACAGCAUCGUCCCGCUCGUUGCAGAGCGCAAGAAUUACAUUCUACGGAAUCCCGUGCACCAGCAAACGCAGAACACACCUGCUGCAUCGAAGCACCAAGUUAAUACAAUCAGGGCCGAGUACACGCAUUCGGGCGCAAACCAUGCGGAAGGCGGCUGGCCAAAAGAUGUAAAUAUAACCGAUCCGGAAGCAACCCAGAGAUACCGGCGAAAGAUCGAAAAAGAUGACAAUUAUAUACACUGCGUUAUGUCACUUUCGCCCGGCUUGGAACAUUAUGUGCUACAAAAUAACGCAAUCGACAUGUACCGCGCGUAUUACGCCGAAAUGUCAUCAGUUCCGGGUCCGGAGCGCAGCAGCGUGCGCACCGUGAACGUGUGCCGCGAGCCGGCGCCGGGGCGCUGCGUGCGCGCCGUCUGCUGGCAGCCCGACGGCUGGCAGUUCGCCGCUGCGCACGCGCUGGUGGACUUUGACCGACGGUCUCUGGCGCCCCAGCCCUCGUACGUGUGGGACGCGAGUCACCCACAGGCUCCACUGCUCACCUUGGGAGCACGUGACGACGCAAUGCUGGACGUGGCGUACGCGCCGCGAGUUCCACACUCGCUAGCUGCCUCACUGCUGGGCGGCCGAGUGGGCGUGUGGGACACGCGUCGCGGUGGCGACCCGGCGCUACUAUGUCCCCCGCAUAUCGCCCACCGUGACCUCGCCCGCCGCCUGCUCUUUAUCAACACCAAAUCCGGACAGGAGUUCUUCUCGAGCGGGCCCCAUGGCGUCUGCAAGUGGUGGGAUAUGCGCAACUUAAACGAAGUCACGGACGAGUUGAUCGUAGACUUGGUGAAGUCGUCCACGGAGCAGCCGAACAUGGCUACCGCGAACGGCGUCAGUGCACUUGAAUAUGAGCCCACAAUCCCGAGUCGGUUCAUGUUGGGUACCGAGAACGGACUAGUUAUUAGCGGAAACCGUAAAGGCAAAACAGCUUUUGAGAAGUUACCAGCAAAGUACGAGGCGCAUUUGGGACCAGUGUGGUCGCUGGAGCGGAAUCCUGGUUUCCUGAAGAACUUCCUCACGGUAGGCGAUUGGUCGGCGCGCGUGUGGAGCGAGGAUUGCCGCGAUUCCGCGAUCAUCUGGACGCCUCCGAGCCGCCACCGCAUCACUGCGGGUGCCUGGAGCCCUACAAGGAUGUCUCUGAUGGUGCUUACGCAGUGGAACGGCGCGCUGGCAGUGUGGGACCUACUGCGGCACCAGCACCGGCCGGCGCUUACCGCUCAGCUGUGCCCCGAGCCGCUGUUCUCACUACGUAUGCACGAGACGGGCACCCUGGCUGCCUGUGGGAGCGAAAAGGGCAAUAUUUACCUCGUGGAGCUGUCACCUAAUAUGGCACAUACUGAUAAAAACGAUAAAGCUCUACUAACUGCUAUGCUGGAGCGCGAGAGCAAGCGCGAGCGCAUCCUGGAGGCGCGGCUACGCGAGCUGCGCCUUCGUCAGAAGCAGCCGGAGCGCACCGCGUCCGCCUCCGCGCUGCCAACGGCCGCAGACCUGGCCGCCCUCACCGCGCAGUACGCGCUCGCCGUGCGCCGCGAGCUCGCCGCCCUCUCCUGA